CGUUACUCGGAGACUAUGUCGGACCAUGCGGCGGCCAUAGUAUUAGAAGCAGGAAAACAGUCGUGGAAUCCCCUGUAAAGGCCGUGAGAGUGCGAGAUAGGUACUAUCCCUGCACCUGCAUACUCGGUUCUGUCGUUACUUAUCAAAUGGCUACGAAAGACGUCCUGCUCGUCGGCCUGGGUGCAGUUGGAACGAUAUAUGCUUAUAUCCUUCAAAGCAGCAAGCUUGCGCGAGUCACUGCUGUUGCCCGAAGUAGCUAUGAUGUUAUGAAUGCCAAGGGCAUACACAUCAGGAGCAAAAAGUAUGGCACUCACGAGAGCUGGAAACCCUACCGUCUGGUAUCGUCGGUGGCAGAAGCUGCCGAUCGACCGUAUUCCUACGUGGUCCUGACAACCAAGGCGAUUCCAGAGGUGAUAAAGACACCUCAGGUCCUAGAACCGCUGCUUUCUCGUCCGUAUAGUGAGAGGCAUCCUCAGCCUACUUACGUCUUGCUCCAAAAUGGACUCGGAGUGGAGCGAGACUUGUAUCAUAGCGUCAAGGCCCUCAAUCAAGGUGAACCAAAUAUCAUCAGUACUGUCGUAUGGAUCGCGACGAAUCUGGUGGAGAAGAAUGUAGUCGAGCACAAUCACUUUGAUCGUGUUACGAUUGGAAUGUACAGACAUGGAGACCACCUGACGACUACUAAUUCUCCUGAAGAAAAUGCUAUUCUGACAGACUUUGGGACCAUGAUCAGAACAGGCGGUUCAGACGUGACGAUUGUAACAGAGAUUCAGCGCAAGAAAUUCGCCAAGACAUUUUGGAAUGUCGCAUUCUCCUCCUUCUCAACCCUCAUCGGGGCCUCUCCUACAGCGAUGUUUCGACCUCCGCCUACUGAGGGCCAAUUGUAUAGUCCUUACAUUGCACCUCAGACAGCAUCGAUUGUCGAGAAAACUACCAUUCCUGUUCUACGUGCAGUUCUACAAGAGAUGAUUGCCCUUGGGCGUGCAUUGGGCUACCCGGACGACGAAGAUGGUCUACCUUCUUCCCUCGUUGACAGUACUAUAUCAAAUACCGCAGAGUUACACCGCAGCCCUACCCUUAAUACUCUCCCGAGCAUGCUCCUUGACGCCCAGAAUGGGCUGCCUAUCGAGGUGGAGGUUAUUUUUGGGGAGGUGGUCAGAAUGGCGAAGGAAACGGGGGUAGAUGUGCCACGUAUUGAAACCCUAUAUGCGUUGCUAGCUAUCAUCCAAAACCAGGCUCUUGGUGGAUUUAGACAGCCCAAAGCCUAGGAACGGUGACCUUUUUAUGUCAUGAUAGUAUAUCAUGAAGACUAAGCCAUUAAUUGGUGCAUGACUUGGAUAAUAAAUGGAUGCCGCUCCUCUUCGUAUUACGUAUCACAGCCGCCAGCAUACAGCGCGCUCCGCUUUUUCCUUUCCAAUACACCGCAUCUUCAAUUCUGCCCUUGCCCCACUUGAAACUUUCACACCACCGCAUACUUGGUGCCUAUCUGCUAGGUCAGUU